AUGGCCAUCAGUCUACUGCAAACCCAGAUGGAACUGUCUCUUAUACGGGAGGACUUCCAAGACCAGUUGUGUGAGCUCCGUCAGGCAGUUAAUCGACACUUAGAUGCCAUGAACCUUGAGGUCGAUGACGUUCGCGCUGGUCAGAUGGAUAUCUCACAUAUGGUUGCUGAUCUUAAAAAUCAUCUCGUUUCUCUGCAAGGAGCAUAUGUGAAGAUGGUCUUCAAGGACAACAAACGUAAGAAGCUGAUGUCUUGUGUUGGGAUUUUUGGUGUUGUUUGUGCGUUUGUGGUGACGUAUUUGGUGUUUAAGUAA